AACGCGAGGAGGUCAGGUGAUACAACCAGCUGACUCCCGUAGAGGAGGUCCCUGUGGCUGUGGGUGUUGCAGCCACGAUAGCCCGGCCCAGACUCGAACCGAACUAUCAUCGUCAGAAUGUCGGGCAAAGACCGAAUUGAAAUCUUUCCCUCGCGCAUGGCACAGACCAUCAUGAAGGCUCGAUUAAAAGGAGCACAGACAGGUCGAAACCUCCUGAAGAAAAAAUCUGAUGCCUUAACUCUUCGAUUUCGACAGAUCCUAAAGAAGAUAAUAGAGACUAAAAUGUUGAUGGGUGAAGUGAUGAGAGAAGCUGCCUUUUCACUUGCAGAGGCCAAGUUCACGGCAGGGGACUUCAGCACCACAGUAAUUCAAAAUGUAAAUAAAGCCCAAGUGAAGAUUCGAGCUAAGAAAGAUAAUGUAGCAGGAGUUACUUUGCCAGUGUUCGAACAUUACCAUGAAGGAACUGACAGUUAUGAACUGACUGGUUUAGCCAGAGGUGGGGAACAAUUGGCUAAAUUAAAGAGGAAUUAUGCCAAAGCAGUGGAAUUACUGGUGGAACUGGCUUCACUUCAGACUUCCUUUGUUACUUUGGAUGAAGCUAUUAAGAUAACCAACAGGCGUGUAAAUGCCAUUGAACAUGUCAUCAUUCCCCGGAUCGAACGUACCCUUGCUUAUAUCAUCACAGAGCUGGAUGAGAGAGAGCGAGAAGAGUUCUAUAGGUUAAAGAAAAUCCAAGAGAAGAAAAAGAUUCUCAAGGAAAAAUCAGAGAAGGACUUGGAACAGCGGAGGGCAGCUGGAGAGGUGAUGGAGCCUGCUAAUCUUUUGGCUGAAGAGAAGGAUGAGGAUCUUUUGUUUGAAUAGUUUCCUGCUCUGGUUCUUUCAUAAGCCCUAACAUGGCACCAUUUUAAUUCACGGUGUGUAGGUUUGGUACGUGUGGCUAUUUAUUUUUUGGCCUAAGAAUUUCACUGGUGGUAACAUUUCCCAGGAUGUUGGUUAUGGGGCUGCCUUUGCAAAAUCCUAAUUCAGCAACCAUUUAUAUCAUGUGAGAUUUGUAGACCUUGCCCAGGAACCUGUAGAAUUUACUCUGCAGAAAUGGUACCCUAUUCUGUUUACAUCUGUUACAAGUGCUCUGCUUACCAAGCAUAUUAGGAAAUUCCCCUUAGAAAACAGCAGUGGCCUCAGGCCAGCUGUCACUGUAGCACCCUUUGUUCCUACCUGCUCCCUGAGAUUGCUGCAGCCAUCCUUGUGUUACCGUGGUACUUCUCUCAAGCUUUACGAAACCUUCACUAUUUUUCCUUGCAUGACAGGUCUCUGUCUUGUCUGUCAUGGGAGUUCUGCCAAUUUUAAUGUGACUAUGGUGUAAACAGUAAAAUGAUUUAAAAAUGAGUUGUUCCUUUAUUUAAGAAAUUUACUGCUAAAAUCAGUCACGUUCUGCUCAGAUUGGCACAUGGGAUUGUUACCUAAAGCGUUUUCUCUGCAGACAUGCAGGAGGUGGAUAGCCUCCCUUUAUCCCCUCUUCAUAUGAAGUGCUUUACUGAUAAACUUACUGAGAGGACUGUUGAAUUUUGGGGUACUCAUAAAUAUGAGUGAGUUAAGGGGGGUCAUUAAUAUUUUCUCAUCUAAGAAAAAAUACCUUGUUUCUUACUCUCAGGUGGUAACUUUUUAUCUUCUAAACUAUAACAACUUGCUGUCUUCCACAUAGGAAGAUGAGGCAUUUGAGUGGCUCUGUUAGAAGCAGACCGAGGUUUUUGGUGCUGUUUGAUUUGGUGUGAGCCAUCCAUGAUUACUCAGGCUUUCUUGUACCCACUGUCUGAGGUGACUGGCUGUGGGAGAGUUUUUAGUGAAAUUGUUAACACUAGGCUUAUGAGUAUUUAAGUCCAUUGAUAGCACAGCCAAGGCUUUUUAAAGUACCAAGUAAUCUUGCAAACAUUUAAUACCUGCUAUAAAAUAAUCUUAGUUGUGUGCCAA